CAUGCGCGCCACAUGAAUACAGACCUGAUACAGACAGUAAAUACGCGCAGUAGGAAAUCAGUAGGAGAGCGUGCUCUACGGAGCAGUGUCCGUUUGAGAGACUUCUCCAGUAGUUACAGGUGUUUUUUUACAUAGCACCUUUUAUUGGGAUAGUCAUAAUCAAAAUGAGGGUGUACUUAGCGUUCACGCUAUGGCUAUUUUUAAACGUGUCGCUAACAGUUGCGGUCGAGCCCAUCAGUACUGGCAUAGCCGUGGGUAUGGCAGCAGCGAUCACUGGCUUUCUUGCCAGUUAUCCAAAUUUGUUUUACUAUUUCCAUGAAUGCUGUCGACCAGAGUGGAUCUCCUUCAAUAAAACACAUCUGGAGUUGGCCUUGGACAGAAAGCUCUUUGGUCAGCAUGUGGCGUCCCACGUCAUCCUGAAAACGGUGACUGGAUACAUGAAAAACCCGAACCCCAAGAAACCCCUGGUCCUCUCUCUGCAUGGCUGGACAGGCACUGGGAAGAACUUUGUGAGCCAGCUGAUCGCCGAGAGCAUCUACCACAAUGGCAUGAAGAGCGGAUUUGUGCAUUUGUUCACAGCCACAGCACAUUUCCCUCACCCGAAGCAUCUGGAAACGUACAAAGAGCAGCUACAAAUGUGGGUUAAAGGGAAUGUCACAAAGUGUCCACGCUCCAUGUUCAUCUUUGAUGAGAUGGACAAAAUGCAAGCUGGCCUUAUCGACAGCAUCAAGCCAUACUUGGACUACUAUGAAAAUCUGGAUGGGGUUUCUUAUAGGCAGGCCAUCUUCAUUUUCCUCAGUAAUGCAGGGGGGGAGAAGAUUGCCGAGGUGGCCCUGAACUUCUGGAAUGCCGGUCGAGACAGAGAAGAAAUCAAGCUGAAGGAUUUGGAGAUGGCAGUCACACUCGCUGUCUUUAACAACAAACAGAGUGGUUUCUGGCAUGCCAAUUUGAUUGACAAGAACCUGGUGGACGUCUAUGUGCCUUUCCUGCCCCUGGAGCUCAAGCACGUGGUUCAGUGUGGCCUUGCUGAGAUGGCCGCAAGAGACAUGGAGCCGGACCGGGACGUGGUGGAGCAGAUGGCCAAAGAUCUGAACUACUUCCCCAAAGAAGAGCGCGUCUUUGCCACACAGGGCUGCAAAGUGAUCUCCAGCCGACUGGAUUACUACAUUUAACGGCUGCAGACUUGCAGGGAGGAAUUUGUUUUAAGAAGUGACUUAUUGUCUAAAGGGGAUGUGGGGGGGCAUAUUGUCCCUUCUCCCUGCCAUACUGUUCCUACAGUAUGUUGGAUGUUGGGCGCUUAGUGAUAUCACUGGACACACAGGAACAUUUUUAAACGUUUUAACUGCAACACUUGUGUCAGAAUCAGAAAGCAGGGUGUUGGUCCAGACUGAAUGUAUGUAUGUAUGUGGAAACAUGAUUUAAAAAAAAGAGUGAUUGGUCCUUAAGAUGAUUGAGUGAAUUGCCAAGGAAGGAAUCAGGUGCACCUCAGCCAUCACAGUGUCCUUCAAUAGAGAAUCUCUUGAAAGGUGUGCUCACUGCACUAAAUGUACAAAUAACUGUGAUCUUUUCUAUGCUUCUGUCAAUGAGGACAAUGAGAACCCUAUUCCAUCUUUAUGGAUGGGGAUCAGCUUCUACAGAUUUACACUAAAACUACACACCCAAUUCAACUUUUGAUCGUCUUUGAUUAAAAUGGGUUGGAUGUAA